AUGCGAUCGAACAAGCCUAAUACAUUUCUACUCGGGCACGCUCGUAGAAUGCGGGCGUAUCGCAUGCGACAAAGACAACAAGAUCCCGACGGCUAUAGAAAACAUAUAGCCGAACAGAGACGCAAUCACCGUCUCCGUACUCAAAAUGACCUUUUAAAAACUCCACAACCAAACACUCGUCAUCCUUCAACUACUCAGAAACGUAAAUCGGAUCGAGAACGUAAACGUCGCUCUCGUAACAACCAGACAAACGAUAUGAAAGAUGCAGAACGAGAAUCGAACCGAAAGUACAAAUCACAGAGGAGUAAAGCCACGACACUGAUCGAUCCGCUCCAAAAAACAAAUGAUAAAACUCACAACAUCAUCCAUCCAGUGAACAAUAACUUAGAACAUGUCACGCCAUAUCACUAUACAGUCUCUAUAUUGUUAAAUUGA